GUUUAAACUGACAUUUGAAGACUGCCGACACCUCCAGUCCCAUUUUGGAUAAUGUGAUCUGAGGAGGCAUAAACAUCCAGCGUGAGCCCGAGGCUGGUGAAACUAAAUGAAGAGAGAAGGGAAUGUGAGACUGAAGGAAUUAUGGGUAAAGAUCUUUCCAAGAUGAACAUCGCUGAGGCCGAGAAAAUGCUGCCAAUCACGUCUGGAAGAAAAAUAAGCAGGACAAAUAAGAAAAGGACUGGAGUUCUGAAGAAAGAUAGCAAUGUGGUGGACCAUUUACAGCAGGUCUCUUCAUUCUCAUCUGCGUCUGCCUGUGUGUCAGUUAUGGACAGCACUAAAGUGACUCUGACAGUGAGAGGGAGCACAGCACUUGGUGAGGUGAUCGCAGUGGUUGGCAGUUGUGAAACCCUGGGCAGCUGGUGUCAGCAAAAAGCCGUGACCCUGCAGCCGGCAGAGGAGGAUGGCACCUUAUGGAGAACAACCAUUCACGUUCCUAGAGGAGCUGAAACCAAAUAUCGCUAUUUCAAAGCAUUCAUUUUGGAGUCUAAGAAUGCUGGUGGGCCAUGCCAAGUCAUAGUCAAUAGAUGGGAGACCCAUCAGCUGCCACGAUCAUUGAGUCCCUCAGAACCAGAGCUUGUGGUUGACGAUGGGCAUUUUGGAGUUCAUGAUGGUGCUGAGUGUGUGGAUUCUGGCUGGUUGACGUGCCAGACAGAAAUUCGUCUCAGGCUUCAUUACUCAGUGAAACCUCCAGUAUCUAUAACUAAGAAGAAAUUCAAGACCUCACGCUUCAGAUUAAAGCUGAUGCUGGAAGGUGUUGAGGAGGAGGAGGAAGAAGAGGAAAGCCCUUCAUCUUGGCACAAGAUGACCACCACACUGGAGAUGAGUAUGAUCAGCGAUGACGGAUAUAAGUCUCGUCAUUCACAGCCAGAAUGUGGAUAUGCUCUGGAACCCUCCCGAUGGACAGAAUACACCAUUCACACAAUGGACCCCGAUAACCUAGUGCUCACCUUUGAGUUCUUCGAGGAGGACCUGAGUGAGACCGUGGUUCAGGGUGAUGCCCAUCCAGGCCACGUGGGCACAGCUUGUCUUUUAUCAUCCUCUUUUGUGGAAAGUGGGAAAGAUUUAGGUGUGGUCACGCUGCCCAUUAUGAGCCGAAACUCCAGGCAGACUCUUGGGAAAGUCAGAGUGGAUUACUUGGUGACGCGUCCCAUUCAAGGCCUUCAGUGUGACAUGAGUCGGUCUUUCACUAAGUACUGGAGGAAGAGGAGCGCUUUGGAUGUUGGACAUCGCGGAGCAGGAAGCACACACGCUGCCAAGCAUCAUAAGAUCAGGGAAAACACAAUUGCCUCAUUUCUAAGUGCUGCCAACCAUGGAGCCGCUUACGUAGAGUUUGAUGUUCAUCUGUCUAAAGAUUUAGUUCCAGUCGUUUACCACGAUCUCACUUGCUGUAUUUCUACUAAAAAGAAAAAUGACAAGACUUCAAUGUUGUUGUUCGAAGUUCCUGUCAAAGAUCUUACAUUUGAUCAACUUCAGCUCUUAAAACUGGCCCAUACCACUGCUUUGGACACUCAUGACCACAAAGACUUGCAGGAUGAAGAGGAAUAUAUAGAUGAGCACCAGCCUUUCCCUUCACUUCCUCAGAUAUUCCAGUCUGUUCCAGAAAAUGUGGGAUUUAACAUUGAACUAAAGUGGAUCUCUCAGUUCAAGGAUGGCUCCUGGGAUGCAAACCUCUCCACCUACUUCAACAUGAAUCAGUUCUUGGACAUCAUCCUCACUUGUGUGCUGCAGAACGCUGGAAACAGGAGGAUCAUCUUCUCAUGCUUUGAUCCUGAUGUUUGCACAAUGGUGAGGCAGAAACAGAACAAAUAUCCGAUCCUGUUUCUGACCCAAGGAGUGACACAGCUCUAUCCUGAGCUCAUGGACAUCCGCUGUCAGAGCACUAAGAUCGCCAUGAGCUUUGCUCAGAGUGAGAACAUACUGGGGAUCAGCGCUCACACAGAUGAACUGCUGAAGAACAUGGAGUUCAUCGGGGAGGCUCAGUCCAAAGGCCUUGUGGUUUUCUGCUGGGGUGAUUAUAACAAUGACCACGAGAACAGGAGGAAGCUGAGGGAACAUGGCAUUGACGGCCUCAUAUAUGACAGAAUACAUGAAUGCUUGGUGCCUUCAACUUCCUCUGAUGCCAAAUCUGUGAAGACAAGCUCGAGCAGUCGAACAUCUUCAAAAUGGAGGAGCAGGGAGGAAACCUGAAGGAGGUCAUCCAGACAUGUGCCUGCUCCACCUACAGCAUCCCCUGCUCCUCAUUUCCCUGCCCCGGAAGACCCAGCGAGACCAACGGAGAGUCCGACUCAGGCCUCAGCUCCUCCUGAGAACCACACACUCAGAUGAUGUAAACUUCCCACAAUGCAUCAUGAGUAACGCACAAAUACACUCUGUCAUUAAGCCAAAUGUCAUUUGAGUUGCAGAAUAUAAGCACGUCAGAUGAAUGUUGUAGAGGGCAAGCAUAAAAUGUUAUCUUAAAGGGAUAGUUUAUCCACAAAAUGAGCAUUUACUCACUUUUACUCUCUCUCAAGUGGUUCUAAACCUUUAUAAGAGUCUUUAUUCUGUUAAACACAAA